UUACCGGUGUGCUGUCGUGGAGAGGGCACGGUUCGCCCAGGAUCUGGCAGGAUUACGAACGAUCGACGGGGAUAAUACCACCGGUGUUUUUGUUGUUGUGGAUCAUCGACAGUUUGGAACACCAAUGUGACAAUUUCGAGUGAUCUACCAGUGGCAAUUGUUGGGCUGGUGAUCGAUGGGAUUUAACGUUCUUUAAUAAUCGUGGUGGACGUUCAGGGUUUGGUGGUCGCAGUUUCAUAAGUUUAUGACCUGGUGAAGGCUCAAUGAAGCUUUAGUGACGUUUGCAAACAGUGUGUAUGUGGGUGUGUGUGUGUGUUUGUGUGUGUGUGUGUGUGUGUCGGGUUUAGUUACACGGCUAUAAGACGAAAGCUGAUCUUCAUCGAUCUGGAGCGGGACUAUACGAAGACGACAUCUAAAUAACACUCCCGAAGAUGAGGGUCGACCAGAUCGGGCUGCUGCUAUGGAAGAACUACAUCGUUCGGAAACGCCAACCGGGGAUAUUGGCCCUGGUGUUCGUGUGGCCGGUGACCGUGUUCAUGAUCCUCUACACGAUCCGCGACAACGUGGACCCGAAGUACUAUCCGACGUGCCAAUUUCCUGCGAGGUCGAUGCCGCAGAACGGGCUGCUUCCAUUCGUGCAGAGUUUCAUUUGCAGCCUCGGAAAUCCCUGCGACCCCCUCACGGAAUACGAAGAAGUUCCUUCUUAUAGGAAUGCCACUCUAGGCCCGCUAGUUACGGAACUGCAACCGAUGCUCAACAACCAGACGAUACUUUCCGCGGUGAAGACGCUACCGCACAGUAUUCAGCUCCUGAAAUCAAUGGCGCAGAUACUCACCAAACCGGAAAUCAAGGCACUUUUCGAUCGCGGUAUACGAUUGGGUGAUCUCUUCAACAACCACGAGGAAAUCAAGAGAACUCUACGUGAGCACAUGCCGAACGCCCGUGACGGAUUGAUCGAUGAAUUGUUCGAGUCCUCCGUAAAAUUAUUAUACCUGAUCGAAGCAUUCGGAUCGUCGAACAUCGACGGAGUGAUUUGUUCCCCGGAGAGCUUGAGGAAGUACCUGAUCCUACCGAGGGAGGAGGACUUCGAAGAUCUUUCGAAGAUUCUCUGCGACAUCGACUCGGAAACGAUGCUCGGCAUCCUCGAGAAUCUGUCCAAGCAUCUCGAUUUCACCGGCUUGCUGGAGAUGGUGGAUCGCGUGAUGGCCAAGUUUCGGGGCUACGAUUUCUUCGUGGAUUUGAGACGAGCCGCGGAAACGAUCCUCGAUCUGGAGACCUCGAGAAAAUACAUACCUGUGUAUCUGAGGAUCCGCGAAUGGAUGCCGAAAAUAAUAAUGGUCUUCAAGAACGUCACGUUCAAGGAGAUCGAUCUCACCUUCGUGAACAAGACCUUGAACGUUCUGGACCCGGUGUUCUCCACGGAAAAGGACUGGUCCAUCGCCCGUCAGGCGUUUCUGAGACUGCAGAAAAUGUUGGAGUUCGUGAAAGGGAUGACGGAAGAUCGGAACGAUGGUUCUUCGAGCGAUUUUUUCACGUUGAUAGAACGACUCACGAACGAGGCUCAAUUUGCACCUUUUAUCACGGGGAAUAUAGAGAAUCUAACUCAAGCUUUGGAUCUCGGUUUCGCCAUUUUACAGAGCUGCGCGCGACUCAGCGCAAGAAUAUUGGACCGUCACAAGGACGAGCUUGAGCUUUCGACCGAAGUCUGGGACGGACUCAGAAAUUUCUUCUCGGAGAACAUUCUCGCCUCGUUGACUUACGUGUUCGCCUUCACUCAGAGUAUAGUCAGAAUGGUCCAUCACGCGGCGAUCAUUCACGAGGACUUGGAGCACAGAUUCUACAAUAUUUCUCUGAACAACAGAGACACCGUGCAACAAUUGCUCACGCAUAUGGACCCAAGUGCUUAUCGAACAUUCGUACGCACGUUCUCCAGAUUGGAUUUCGUGGAGAGAUUCGUGACGGAAGUAAAGAAGACCAAUCCCGAGGACUACUUCUGCCAGAACGACACUCUGGACGAAAUGUUCGAGCACUUCAAGGACAUCGGGCACGAAUCCAAGUACGCCACGGAAAUACUUUGCAGCGAUUCGGGGAAGAAGUUCAUUUCUGAGAUGUACGGGAGUAUGGAGCUCAAUAGUUUCGAGAACAACACGCUGGACACUUUGAUGGCUGCUAUUAGCAUGGUGUUCAAACAAACCGUGCAAGUCGAGAAAGCUAAUUUAACAGCGGUCGUUAGCAGCAUAAGGGGACUCGUUUCGUAUCUGACUUCACCCAAGAGGCCGGAUCCUGAUUGGUCGGUGUUCAAAUUCACCCAGAAGUGGACCGAAGUAUACGAGGACACUAGACCUCAAGGCAGACUGAACAUUCUUGGAAUCCAUCUGAGCAUAGCGAAAAUGACUGGUUGCUGCGGUUUGUCCUACAACUUUAUCAAGCCAAACCUGAAGAGCAUAGAUUUGCUUGCGGAGGUGAUAGUGAAGGAUCUGCGACAGAGCCCGAGCAGUUGGGUGGAGGAAGUCAGGCGACGAAAAUCGGAACUGAUUGAGGUGUUCUAUUUGACAGCGACGGACAGAGAUAAGGUUUUGAAGAUUUUGGAGUACGAUAAUUUCACCAAGUCGUACUGCAUGGACCAGAGUCCGCCGCGUUUACUAAGUUUUCCAAAAGGCUCGAACGAAACGGCGCUGAAAGCUCUCGUCUGCCGCCUCUCGAGCGCCGUACAAACGGAUUUAGAGUUAAACAUGGAGGCGAUCAAGGAUCGGUUACCACCUUCCGAGGCUGACUUCAACUGGACCGAUUUCAACGCGCGCACGAUCGAGAUUUAUCGUUACAUCGAUACCUUGAUCCAUCAGAAGGAUCCAGACGACCAUUUGGCUAAACUAGAUAAAUUGAAGAGGGACUUCGUAGUCUCUUGGACGGCUGAUCUUUCUGUCAGGGAUGGUUUUGAGAUCAGCGUAGGUCUGAUCUGCAAGUUCUUCAGCCUGAUGGAGAGCCCUCUGUUCAACAUCCAGGAGAAAACCGGCUGGAAGAACUUGCACGCGAUCGGCUGGGGGUCCUCGGUGGUGUCCGACAUGAUCGAGAAGAUACUCGAUGAAACGAAAAAGAACAAUCAGAGUGCGGUUCCUUUCGACGUGUUACCGGGCAUGCCUGUGACGUACGUUCUCUUCAGCAUGAUCUUCCACAAUUUGAACGAUCUAAUCCUCGACGUGGUCGACAUUAUUACCAUGAAACCAGUUCAUCUUAUAUUCGCCCUGGACGAUUACAAGUCUCGUGAAGAAGAAUGGCCCUGCGUGCGAUCGGAGAGCGUCGGUUCCGCGAUGGAGUUGCGACUGGGCAGCCAACAGAUUGUGCACACGAUCGAGAGAAUAUCCUGCGAUCCAGCUGCCUUCAUCCAGGAAUGGAAAGAGCAUCCGUUGUUGAAGGCUGCGCGACAGUUGUUCGAGAACGACGAAAAGGUCCAUCCACCGGCCGUUAAUUGGACCCUCGGCUACAAGGCGUUCCGUCGAGUGACGGGGAAGUUCGAGAAUUUUAUAAACGAAACGGAACAAUAUCUGUCGAAUAGAUCGACUAUCUGGGCAGACUGGAAGUCUCGUAUGGCGGGCAAAUAUUUGGAAGUUAAGACCUUGUUCGAGGAGAGGUGGCAGAGUACAGAAAAUGACACGAGAGGUGUUCUCGACUACAUGGAUAUGGAGCUCGAUAAGACUGUGGCGGCAUUCCACAGUGAUUUUCGGGCCAGCGACGUCUGGAAGUCGGACGUUUUCAUUGACGAUCGUAUUCUGGUUACGUCGAAGUUCGUCUCCUAUUUUGUUCACAAAGCCGUGAACCUCGUGACUGAUAUUCUACGUGAUAGUAAGUAUCCAUCGACGUGGACCAACUCGGUUGUUCGGAUCAACUGGUUAUCCCUGUUGGGAUUCGGGGGCACUGGUCCAAUUGCAGUUUUGUACAAUAAGCUACCAUUCGUCCUGGCCACGCUGGCGAACGGGUUAACCGAUCCCAAUAAGGAUAAAUUAACCGUCAAUGGGCUGGUCGACGAAACCGACGUCUCUUGUCCACGACUGACUAAAUGGUGCUCGAGCUCCGGAACUGGCCUCAGCCACCAAGAGUGCGCGAACUUGGAGAUGUUCUUCUGUGCCCAUGAUCCCGAGAAAUUCAACGCCUACACGGACUUAUACAUGUCUUUGACGGCGGUUUGGUGGAAACCGGUGAACACGUAUCGGUCGUACUUGAUGACUGUGAUCAACGACGUUCACCAGUUGGCGAAUCUUGUUCAGAAUAUGACCCAGAAGGAGGUGAAGGUAGAGGUACCAUUCUCGAAGACCUAUCUGAUCGGACUUCUUCAGAAGUUUCGUCAUAUAUUACCAGUAGAUUAACGCGAAGUCGUGAUGUUCCAGAAACAAGGACAGUCUUACAAAUGGACCAAUGACAGACUCGUCAUCGAAGGCGUUUCCGAAGUUCUGGUUCACGUGGCGAACGCGUUGAACAACGUCAAGGUACAGAACAAUCGCAUGCAUAUCUGGGACUUUAUCGAAAGCGGUGACGUCCGACAGUUGCUGAAGAUCCUCGAUGUGCACCCCGAAGAAACCAUCGCUUUAGCAGCUCAAGUGGCCACGAUAAGCGCAAACACAGGGAAUUUGACCGCUUUCGAGGAUAUACGAAAAAUUAUCUGUAACAAUCGCGAUCCUUUACCGUACUGGUCCACUGCAAACAGGAAACGAUUCAUCCAAGAAGUAUGUUCCUUCGACCCCUAUCAACUGCUAAAGACCGUCACCAGCGAGGAAUAUUCCCGCCUCUUGACAGGACCAGCACCGACCGUAAUCGAAUUAAAACCUCUGAGCGCAUCCCUGUCCAAGUUAAUAGACUCUGCGUUGAAUCUCACGACCGAGAUGCCAGAUCUGUCGAUAAAAUCGAAUAUUUUUAAUUCGACCACCUGGAGGAAUCUGUCGAACGAGACACUAUCCGAGAUUCGUGGCAUCGGCCAGGCCUGGGUGCGUCGAUACUCAAUGGACGCCAGGAACGCGGAUCUAGGACAGUCGAAAUUGGGCAAGAUCAUCGGGGCCCCGGAUGCUUUCGCCAGAUUAGUCCGGUUCUGUCAACUUCUGGACGCGACCGUCAAUUUAAUGGCCGGCGGGGACAUUUGGCAGAAGCUGCGUGUCAUCUACGAGAACUCGAAGGUGAAGCCUGUCCUGACGCUAGUAGAAGACACGCCGAACAUCGCCGUCAGCGUGGUCGACACUUUCGUGAAGUCGGACAGAUUGAACGAUUUCGUGGAGAAGCUCGCAUUCGGGAAGGCGCAUCCCUGCGACAUCGACAAAUACUUGAUCGUGCCUGGUUUCGUCAGGAAGAAGGUCCUUCUGUCGAGCAUCACCAAAUUCUGCCAGAAGAUCGUCCUAGCCGAGAAUCAGCUGACGUUGGUGGAUAUACUGCCUCUGGACGCGAAGUAUGAGGAAAAUCGAAUGUUACAUAAUAACUCGAGAGAGUUCAAUGAAACCUACCUUCUGGAAAGAAUAGAUCGAAUGCAAUCGACGUUCGUUCGGAUUAUGUCGGAGGGUUUUAAAGAGCCAAAAGUUCCGACUUGGUGGACAUCUUUUAAGGAGGGCACUUUUAAAGACUUCCUAACCCAAUACAAAAAAGAGGACUCUAGAACGCUUGCUCACCUGACAGUGAAAAAACUGUCCAGGAUCGCCGGGGAUAUUCUGAAUUCCGCCGAGAAUACCGAGGGUUGUUCCUGGUGCUCGACACUUCCGCUGGAUGUACUGAAUUCCCAGCUGGCGAACCAUCAUCUCUACUCGAAGCUCCUCUGCCAGCUGAAUCGAUUGAAUGUGUCGGAGAUUCAUGGGAUUUUAAUGCGUGAUUUUCGUUGGAACGAGACUGUCGACAUGAUGAAGAAUUAUAAGACACUGAACGUGAAACGGACUAGGUAUGAAUUUAUGCAGACUCUGGAGAAGACGUUGCAUUACGUGGUCGACAUUAUGGUCGAUUUCCAAAACGAAACUUACAGCGACAGGGUCAGCCAAUGCUACUACAAGUUCUUCGGGCAACCACCGUUAUCCAGGCCGGGAUUGCACGUUUCAAUGGUGCUGGGUAUCCUGGAUACCCUGCAGAACAACUUGUUCAUCCUGGACACAGCCAGAAAUCACAAGGCCCUCGACACGUUGACCAAAAAAGCGGAGAAAUACGUACCGAUCUGGAAGCACCUCAGCGAAGUGGUGAAACCGUCGGACACAAAGAUGAUCGAGUCUUUCUUACCUGGCGCGACGAUCAACGUGAACGCUGUCUCGAACGACAGAAACGGUUCUCUGUGUCGUACAAAACUGGAAUGUCGGAACGCAACGGUCCUAUACGACGUUCUGAGCUCGAAAAAGGCGGGAAAAUUGUUUCGGUACGAUCCAAAAGCGUCUGGGUAUCCUUCUCUGGUGGAAAUCUCCGAUCGACUGGCUAACAGUCUCGAUCUGGAUCGCAUCGAUCGUGAGCUGAAGGGCUGGCGAAUGGAGGCCGCGUGGGAUCUAACGUGGCUCAAAGAGAUCCUGAGCCACUUGUCCGUCGUUUUCGCGGAGAGCGGCGAUCUCCUCGACGUGGCCAGUAAAAUCGACUUUGAGGAUUACUCGAAUGUCCUUGGUGUUCCUGACAUCGUCGAUGGAGUGGUUAAUUUACUGAAGGAUAAAACGGUGGACAAGCUUUUCGACGGAAUGAGAGAAAUAGUGGAGGACGUGAAACCGUUCAUCAAGGAUGAAAAAGUCCUGGACGAUGUCUACCGUAUGAUUGUGGCACUGGAGUCGAUGGACAUCUUCAAGAACUUAGGUCUUCUUGACAUAAAAUAUGGUAUUAGAGAUAUGUUCGACAAUUGGGAUGUGGUUAGCUCGUAUCUGGUGAACAAAGUUGGGAUCUCGAACGACGUCGCUUUGAUGCUCAGCCGGGCGAAAAUCGACAUGAUUUCCGUGUUCAUGAAAGAAAGAAGAGCUCUCAGCUUGAAGGAGAUCAUUUGCUCGCCGAAGAAACUCGGCGAGAUGCUAAGCUUUGGGGGACGGAUCACCGCGGAGGAGGUCAGCGCCGCCAUUUGUCAGCUGGAGGACUCACAGACGCAGAACGUGAUGGUAGCGUUGAUCAAGAACUUGAACUUCGAUUAUAUUUUCAAAACAGUGAUGAGCGCGAACGUGAAGAACAUAUUGGCUAACGCGAACUUAACAGAAACUGAAGGGAAGAUGGUGUUGGACAAUCUUGGGGUAGCAGCGGAGCUGCUGCCAUUCUUCAAAGAGAAACUGACUUCCAAAAUGUCAUCGGCGGAACCUUUGAAAUCGGACGUGGAGAAGGAAGAGGUGGAGCAAUCAGUCUCCACUUCGAGGUUCCUGCAAGAUUCUAGUGAAAUGUUGUGCGGUCAGGCAAUGGUCUCCGACAACGGUGACUUGUAUAAGAUCAUUUCAAGGAUCGAGGACAAUACCAAAGAAUUUGACCAGGCGGAGCUUGAUUCCUUACCCACCGAUUUUUGUAGAGACACCUACAAGAGUUUCAUCGCCAUGGGAGGCGGGAAGAUUGUAUGGUCCUAUGUCAAACCCCUGUUACGCGGACAAAUCCUUUACGCGCCAAAUACAACGGUGAUAAAUGAAGUCAUGACGCUGGCCAAUAAGACUUUUGCGGAAAUGGAAAGUUUUGGGGUGCUGAUGGACAGUUUUGAAAAGACUCUCACUUCGUUGGCGAACCUUUCCGAGAUGAGCGACAAUCUAAAAGAUAUACAGGACAUGAUGUCUUCGGAUGUCAUGAAGAUCGCGAUUAAGUCUUUCGGUGGCGGGAACUUCAACGGCGAUUUCUCGGACAUGAAUCUCAGCGAGAUUUCGUGGCAGCUGAAGAAGUCGAAGCGUUUGAUCGCGAUGGUCGGUAUGCUGAAUGAUUUAUUACGGUGCGUGCUUGUCGACCGUGUAAGAGGAUUCCGUAGCGAGGAGGAGAUGGAAGCGGAAUCCAGGAUUCUGAUGGAGACGCGAGAGUUUUUGGCCGGCGUUGUCUUUUUGGACAAUGACCCAAGUAGAUCGAGAAGAUCGACGGAAUCGGAGCUGCCCGAUAAUGUCGCGUACAAGAUACGAAUGGACGUUGACUACGUGCAGUCCACGAAACGAUUAAAAAAUCAAUUCUGGAUUCCCGGGCCGGAGAGCAGUUUCAUAGAGCACCUGAGAUAUCUCAGGGGAUUCGUUCAGCUUCAGGACUCGAUCGAUCGCGCGAUCAUCAGGACGAAGAGCGGAAGGGACCAGGAGUGGAGAACUAUGACGCAACAGAUGCCUUACCCUUGUUGGAAGGACGUACCGUUUCAAACAACCCUAUACGAGUCUCAAGGGAUUCAAGUGUGCUUCUUCUUCGCGUUGAUGAUGUGCGUCGGGGCGGCUGUCAGACAUAUUGUCUGGGAGAGGGAGUCGCAGAAUGCAAUGGUAAUGAGCGUAAUGGGGCUGAAGCCCUGGCGGAACACCGUGGCCUGGUUCAUCACCACCUUCACGGAGCUGAUGAUCGUAAUGAUCUCGAUCGCGUUGGUCCUCCUGGCAGGGAAGAUUCUGCCAAAGUCAGAUCCGUUCUUGGUUCUAAUCAUGAUGAUCGAUUACUCGUUCGCUAUAGUGACAUUCUGUUACAUGAUUUCGACGGUGUGCAGCUCGGCGAGCCUGGCCGCUAUCACCACCGUGGUUAUGUUUUUACUGACAUUCAUGCCGUACGUCAUUGUCAUUGCUAUGGAGGCCGCAUUGGGUCUCGGUUAUAAGCUUCUCAUCUGCCUCAGUAUGUCGACCAGCUUCUGUUACGGUUGCCUGUACGCAGCCCGAAAGGAAGUCCAAGGUGUCGGGCUAACUUGGUCCUCCAUGUGGGAGGAGUCCAGUUCCGGUGAUCCGAUGACCUUGGGUCUGAUCCUCCUGAUGAUUGCGUUCGACGGUUGUCUGUACGCCUUAAUCGGUUAUAUCAUCGCCAGAUACACGAACUCAGGCAGGCGCUUUCACGAUUUGAGGUCCCGUAGCUUAUGGUGGGCCGACACACGGUCCCUCUAUGGCGGUCCGAGCUACCUCGCCUUCGUCAACAACCUCUAUUUCACUAACGACGUUCUCCACCCUUCAGCCACUUACCAAGACGAGGAAAGCGAUGCCAGCGGUUUAGUAGUGAACGAGAAACAGACGGGUGUUAGGUUCGAGGGAGUUAGGAAGGUCUACAACACCGAUCAGGGCGAGGUAGUGGCCGUCGACAAUUUCACUUUGAAGCUUUGCGAGGGGGAGGUGACCAGUCUUCUUGGGAGAAACGGGGCUGGAAAGACGACUAUCAUCAAGAUGCUGACGGGGAUGCUGGCCCCGACCACCGGCGAGAUCUGUUUGAACGGUGAAGAGGACUGCAAACCUGACAUAGGGGUCUGCCCCCAGGAUAACGUUCUCAUCGGUACUUUGACGCCCAGGGAACACAUGAUUUUCUACGCGAAGCUAAAACGGCCCAAGGAGCUGGUUAAUAUGCAACGAAGCGUGGACGAAAUGCUAACAUCCUUGGAGCUAGGCAAACAGGAACACGAGCCGGUGUACCGUCUGUCAGGCGGCACAAAAAGGAGACUCUGCGUGGCUCUAGCGUUCCUAGGCUCCCCGAAACUAGUGAUCCUGGACGAGCCCGGGGCAGGCGUGGAUCCUGCGGCGAGAAGGAGGAUCUGGAGGCUGAUCGACCAGCACAGAAUCGGCAGAACGGUCAUUCUGUCGACUCAUCAUUUGGACGAAGCUGACAUGUUAAGCGACACAGUGGUAGUGAUGCACAAAGGGAAGAUACUGUGCACAGGAUCGCCGUUGUCCCUGAAGAUGAUGCACGGCCGUGGGUACAGGCUGCUCGUGUCGUAUCCUGGAGAACGCGACGCGAACACGGAUUCCAUUGAAAAGACUAGGUUGGAGACGUUAAAGAGUGUGAUCGAGGAGGUUGUGCCUAACGCCGUGACCAGUGAGGUUUCUGGGUCCGAGGUUGCCGUCACGCUACCCUUUCAAGGGAAGAGUGGACUGCACAAUAAUAUUGCACAGGCUGCGAAGAUGCUGGAAGACAGUAGGAAACUGGUGGGUUAUUCCCACUUUUCUCUGGAAUGCGACACACUGGAAAGAGUCUUUUUAGAUCUCUGUUCUCGUGCGGAGAGUGGAUCAUCCGUCAUUAGAGCUAGCCAAGAUAGCGUCGCCAGUGUGGAUCACAUUGGUCUAUCGAUGCCCAACGACGACGUCGACCUGAUUGACGUCGAUCCCUCUCUGAAUCCCAGUCCCAUUAGGCAGGUCAAAGCUUUGCUGAAGAAAAGGGUAUGGCACUUCAGAAAGGAUUGGAUGACAUUCUUCGCCGGACUUUUCUUGCCAACGGUGUUCGUCGCAGUCGCCAUGGGAUUCUCUUUGAUAAGACCUCCAUCCGGUGAUGAACCUGCGCUCCCUCUCACACCGAAAUUGUACGAUACUCAUCCGACUUACUUCUACAGCGUCGACAACGGUGACGAUUCGUUCCUGCAACAUGUGUCCCUUCAGCUUCACGAUCGGUUCGGCGAUGAUUACGCUGGCGCUUGGCAGACAUUACCCAAUGAUACAGGAACUUGCGAGUGUCUAGAUGGCCAACAGGUCUGUCACGACGUGUCUCAGGCAGUCGAAGGCCUUCUCCAAGUUUUGCCUGGAAGGCCGACUCUCGAUUGGAUCGUAUCGACCCAUCACGAGUACAUAGAGAAAAGAUACGGCGGAUGGUCGUUGUCUCACGCCAACGACAACCCACUUUUCGUCGUCUGGUACAACAACAAGGGUCAUCACGCGUUGCCGUCGUACCUGAGCGCCCUAAACGAGGCGAUUCUACGAGCAUCUGGUGUUCAGGGUCGCCUAACGACCCUUAACCAUCCCUUAAGGUUAUCCAGCGAUCAAUUGAACCGAACAACUCUGUUACAGCACGUGGCUGACGUUGGGGUGGCAUUGGUGCUUCUAAUCGCUUUCAAUCUCGUCGCCGCUCAAGGAUCGAAGGAACUGGUGCGGGAAAGGCUGUCGGAAGAAAAGAGGAUCCUCCUCUUGGCGGGCGUUCAUCCUGUCACCUAUUGGACCACUGCAUUAAUCUGGGACUUUUUCGUGUUUGGUCUGUCCAUUGGUUUGGCUGUGAUUGUCUUCGAGAUCUUUGGGUUGCCUGCCUACGUCGCCAGAGACAAUCUGGCUGGUAUUUGCCUCUUACUCUUCCUCUUCGCAUGGGCAGCGAUACCCUUCUCGCACUUAACCGAAAAGGCCUUCGACGACUCCAGCCUCUCGAACAUGGUCCUCUUCUGCACGAACACCUUCAUAGGCGUGGCCUCGCUAGCCACCAUCUUGGUACUCGAUAUUCUCGGCAAAACAAAGACAGCGGAAAACAUAAGGAAUAUCUUGCACCACAUCCUGCUAAUAUUCCCUCAAUACGUCCUAGGCGACGCCCUAGUUCAAAUAUCCCGAAAUGACAUCACCGCUCAGCUGCUAGAAAAAUUCAACAUGGACACCUAUCAAUCUCCAUUGGGCUGGGAUCUUCUGGGUCUCCAUUACAUUUUCCUUGCUGUAGUGGGUAGCGUUCUGUUCUCCCUGAACCUGAUGAUCGAAUGUCGAGUGAUACCAAAUUGGAACAAACAAAGAUGCCCGUACUCGGUCGUCGAGGAGGACGAGGACGUCUCGAAGGAGAGGAUGAGGGUGGAGAGCGGUAUGUCAGACGACAUCCUGCAGACUGUGAAGCUGCGAAAGGAGUACAGAAGCGUUUACGGGACCAACGUGGCAGUGCAGAAUUUAAGUAUCGGCGUACAAGCUGGAAAGUGUUUCGGGCUAUUAGGGACGAACGGUGCAGGGAAAAGCUCCACCUUCCGAAUGCUGACCACCGAGAUCAUACCAACAUCAGGCAGGAUCAUCCUGAAGGGCAAAGAGAUCGGCGUGGGUCCGUUAUGCAACGGGGAGGUCGGUUAUUGUCCCCAGAGCGACGGCCUGGACGGUUUUCUCAGUCCCCAUCAGUGUCUGACCAUUCACGGAGAAGUUUGCGGGCUGAACAACGUUCCGAAGGCAGUCGAGUCGAUGCUGAAGAGGCUGGAUCUCUUGAAAUACGCUCACAAAAGGGUGAGCAGUCUCAGCGGGGGCAAUAAAAGGAAACUGUGCACUGCCUUGAGCGUUAUGGCGCCGGUGUCCGUGGUUCUCAUGGACGAGCCAACCAGCGGCAUGGACCCAGCCACGAAGGAUCUGGUAGCCAAGACGAUAAGAUGCAUGACGAAGAACCAGAGUUGCGUAAUUCUGACCUCGCACAGCGUGGCGGAGUGCGAAAAUUUGUGCAACCGAGUCGGUAUUCUUGCCAAAGCCGGUCUCAGGUGUAUAGGUACACCGCAGCAUCUAAAGCACAAAUUUGGCGAAGGGUACGUUGCGUUCCUACGUUUUCGGCAGCCAGUGUCCGCCACGGAUCUGAAGAAAGUCCUAACAAAGUACCUUCCUCAGGCUGUAGUCUCCUCGAAGCAGGCCACGGCGGCCCGUCUAUUGCUACCGCGAAGCCAGGACAUGCCGCUGAGCGUCAGCUUUAAUAAGGUGAAGCUGUUGGCCGAGGAACUUAAAGCCACCGACUACACGCUCACCCAAAGUUCGCUGGAUCAGGUCCUUGUUAAUUUCUCGGAGGAAAUGGACACCGAGGAGGACGGUUCGAUUUACACCCAGGGCACUAGCAACAACGUCUCGAACCUCUACUCCAGCAGGGACACCAUACACAUGGAAACGUUCUGAUUGUGUCCCGCGAGCGUAGAUUCGAGUUUACCAUUCGAUCGAUUCUUACCGCACUUUCCAGUCGUACUUAA